AUGUUCUACAGUCACGAAAUUCUCACGUCACGCAAAUAUGGGGUGGCGACUGUGUGGCUCGUUGCAACGCUUGGUUCCAAGUCGAGCCUGAAGCGAAUCAACCGAAAGCAAAUCCUCGAUGUCGACGUACCCAAGGCAUGUGAGACCAUAGUCGACCCAGUGGCCCCCAUGGCUUUGCGGCUACAGGGUAACUUGUUGUAUGGAGUAUCGCGUGUUUACUUGCAACAAUGCGGGUAUCUUCUCGCCGACGCACAGAAUGCGCAAAUUGCCCUCCGAACAAUGUUACGAACGGUGCACGACACCGCUUUGGAUACUGCGGCUGGCAGAGCUAGGCCUGAACUACUCAUUCUCGAAGAUGACCCAGCUUUCAUCCCCGAGCUUGCUCUUCCGCCACCGGAACCGCUUGCUGACCUUGACUCCAACUUCAAUCUCGAUAUAGCACACUCUGGCGAAUCCCAAUCUCUAACCCCAUUCGGCUCCCAAAAGACUACAUCCCCUUCCAACAAUGACAACGUCGGCGUUCUUAUUCUCCCUACGUCUUCCCCUGUCGCCGCAGGUGGGUUCAGGCUGGAAAGCGACCAAGUGACAGGCAGCAUCGGUCGGCCUAGCAGCAUGCUCGGAGCAGGCGAUACAAUCGAAAUUGAAGACCCAUGCUUCAUGUUUGGGGAUGACGGAGAGAUUAUUCAUCUUUCACCAGGUAUUGCAGCGCCCAGAACACCAGCUAUACCUGCAGAUGCGACUAUGCCCAGCGAUGCUGCACUAAGUGCUCGGGUAAGGAAGGAACACAAAGAAGGACAGCAGACACGUAAUAAGUUGCCUAGCAAUGAGAUAGACAUGGAUCUUCCCAGCUACGACAAUGCUCUUCCCGAAGGCGAGACCGCUUCUUCAGGCGCCCUGUCUCAGUCCAGUCAGCAUUCAGAAGUAGUAGAGUCAUCUGACACAAUUACUGCUCCUAUGCGCCGUCGUCGAGUUCCGCGCGCCAUUGCCGCAGAUACAACAACAGAGCUUCGUAAUAAGGAUCUGGCAGACUGGAAUACAAACUAUCUCAACAACAUGAAGGUUGUUUCUCGACAGAAGAUCCAAAAUCGCUCCAGCACACAGGCAAAAAAGAACGCUGAAUAUUAUGUCUGGGGGUUUGGCCUGGGAGCCAUUGGCCAACAAAUCUUCAGCAACCGAGGCAAUAACCCGUUCGAUAUGUUCAUUGGUGACAAGCUCUUCGAGUCGAUCACUGGUAUGAGUCGUGAGGUCACUGGGGCCAAGCACGAUCGCGAUAGUGGCAUUGACGAUGCUACACAAGGAGAGUCCCGCUGCGUGCGCCAAAAGACUGACGAAUUUGAGGCCGCUCGUGGCGCUGAUGAUGAUGUUUUCUCCAUGCCGGUUGGGGACGACGACGUUGCGGUCGAACUACCUCGCGAAGCUGUCUCCGUUCUUGAUGAUCAACAAAUAUUUUCUGCAAUGCCUUGGAACAUGAGCGCUUCUGUCCGAGGGUCGUCGGCUAUUCCUCGCAGUGGACGCAUCGGCAUGAUCAGUUCCGCAGAUCGAGGCAGGCAGGGCAGUCGUCUAGUAUCCGCAUCUCCCUUACACGGACGAGGCCAGUCCAUUCCAUUUGAGGAGCUGAAGCAUCUUACCAGUGACGCGGGGUAUGCCGAUGAUGAAUACGGGCUUCCAGGGCUUAGCUCAGACGUGCUCGAACCAGCAGCCCCUGCAAACACUACAUCACGAUUCCGCGAAGCUCUUUCCACUGAAGGAGGAAACUUCAUCAACUUCAUCACUGAGCGGAUAACCGAGAAACGCAAUCGUGUCCAAGCCGACCCAGAAGCCGUCACCAACACGAAUGAAGUCACAUUCGAAGAGCUCCUUCCUCCUGCAGAGAGUAGCAAGAUGGUUGCUUGCCAAGGUCUGAUGAUGGUUCUCGCAUUGGGUACUAAGGGAAUGCUAGAUGUUCAGCAGCAUGAGCAUCUUGGAGAUAUUCACCUCAAACCAUCCGAGAAGGCUAGAGUAUUACAGACCAUUGAGAUCAGCGAUGGCGACGAGUCUGAAGACAGCGAAGAUGAUGAGGAAAGCGUGCCCAGAGAAAAGCCAGUGAUGGCUUCACAACAGACUGCUGACGAAGUCGAGGAUCACGAUGAUGAGAUGGAAGAGGCAACAGAUUUGGAGGGAAGUCACUUCCAAGAGCAAUUUGCCGCUGGACAUGCCGUGCAAGAGGAAGAUGACGGCGACUCGCUAUACGCGGACUAA